AUGAACAGAGAGCGCAGCCAUCAGGUGCGGAGCUUCUGCGGCUGGUGCUACCGGGUGAUCCCCAGCAAAAGUGAGAAGAUGGCAGCCAAGUCGGGCCAGGCGAUGGGUUUGAUGUCGGGCCCCGUGGCAUAG